AUGUGUCAAGCACUUGCUCGAAGUCUUAUUGAACGAAAUAUUGUUUCGUCGAAAGAUCAAAUAAUUGCUAGUGAUGUUGAUGAAAAUCAACGAAAAAUAGUAACGUCUCAAUUAGGUAUUGUAACAACAGCUAGUAAUAAACAAGUAGUCAACGAAAGUAGUCUACUUAUCUUAGCUGUUAAACCAAAAGAUGUUGAAACUGUCUUAAACGAUAUUCGAGAUCCAUUUAUUCCACAGAGUCAUUUACUUGUUUCAAUUGCCGCUGGUAUUCGAACAACAACUAUUGAAAAACUUCUUAAACCGAAAAGUCGUGUAAUUCGUGUCAUGCCUAAUAUAGCUUGUUUAGUUAAUGCUAGUUGUAGUGUUUAUGCAUCUGGACAAUGUGCUACUAAUGAUGAUCGAUUGUUAGUAAAUACGAUUUUCUCAUCUAUUGGUUCAUGUGAAGGUGAAAUUGAUGAGCAUUUACUCAAUGUAGUUACUGCUUUAAGUGGUAGUGGACCUGCUUAUUUUUCUGUUAUGGUUGAAGCACUUGCAGAUGGUGCAGUAAAAGCAGGUUUAAGUCGAUCAUUAGCAUUGACCUUAGCUGCAAAAACAAUGAUGGGUACAGCAAAAAUGUUACUUGAUAAAGAGCAACAAUUUCAUCCAAGUCAAUUAAAAGAUGCAGUUGCUAGUCCAGGUGGUACAACUAUUUACGGACUUGAAAUAAUGGAAAAAGCUGCUGUUCGAGCAGCUCUAAUGGAAACAGUAACAGCAGCAACUAAUCGAGCUGCUCAAUUAGAAUCGUAA